CACCAGACCUCCACCAGCUAAUGGAGAACUCCUCUGUGGUAGGCAACAUCCUGAAGCCCUUCUCGGCCAUGGCCGGGUGUGGAGAAAGCACCAGUGAAGAGUCCCUGACAGAGACCUUGAAGAAAAAGGGUGGCACAUCUUCUUCCCUGAAGACUGAGAAGGCUGAUGACAGUAAUGCGAAGAACAAAACUGCCACGUCCUCUAAGAAAGAGGGAAAAUUGGACUCGGUCCUAAAACCGGAUCUGCUUCUUCGCCCUAUGAUCAUCAUUACUGACCCUGUCUCAGAGACUUGUUCUGAGGUCAAUGAAAGUCCCGAGGAUGGAACAAGUGAAGGAGAUGAUGGGAAGAAUGGACUUGUGCUGCCACCUAUACCCAUCACUCGUAGUCACACUGAUUCUAAAAUUUCGUAUAACCUAGAGGAACAGAUCCAGGAGGUGACGGGCUCAAUGCAUUACAUCACUGAGGAUGGGUGUCUGAAUUACGUGGUCGUUCUGAAGGCAGUUCACUCAGUGGCUUCCACAAGUUCUGGUGCUGGAAUAUGUGAGAGGAUUUUGAGUGUUCUAGAUUGUCUGCUAGAUUUGGACAUUGUGGAAAAGAAAGAGAAAAAGAGCGAUGAGAACAAAGAAAAAGACGGAAGGAAGAAAUCGGGAUCGGAAGGAACAAAUGAUGACCCUAAGAAGGAUGCUGUAAUGACUGUGCAUAAUUUGAUGUUGGAUACUUUGUUCAAGGUAUACAAAUCUCUAGGAUGCCCCAAUGGCUGCAUGGACUCCUAUCGCGGCGUACCGACGGAACGUCUUCGAUACAAGGGACAGUCCAUCCUGCGGCAACUCCACCAUGUCAACAGCACAGCAUUUAGACUGUAUCUCCGAGAAUCAAUUAGCAAACAUCCUCUCCAAGAAAAUCUGGACUUUUUACAUGCAUUUCUAGGAUUUUGUGUGGACCCCUCUGCUCAUUUAUAUUCACCAAAAGGCAACAAGAAAAUCAGCACAGUUUCACAAGAUGGCACUCCUAAAACAUACGAAAAGACCAGCACCAGCACCCAUGACUCACCACCCAAGAGUGGGUUUGCCACCAACUUUGGCCAGAAUGUCCCAGGGUCAGGGGCCAAGGGGACGGAGGGUCUGCUCAUCAAUCUGAUCUUCAAACCCCUGGUGACACGGCUGGUGGAGUCUUCUACUGAACUGCAUAGCCAUGAGAACAUUGGUUUGUACUGCGAUGUUCGCCAGCUGAUGCACUAUAUCAAAGAGGUGCAUGGUGGGACAUUUCGCCGAGUGGCGUUGAGUGGUCUGCUGGAUUCCAUGGAUAGAAAGGGGAAGAAGAGACAGAAAGCGAAGGAACCCAAGAAGCAGGUUUUGAGACACACAUCUUCCAAUGCGUCAGACAGUGGUGAGGAGACGGGCAAAGUUGGGACGGGACUGACCGGGACAGAACCCCCCAGUGCAAGGAGGAGGAGGUCUUUGUUCAAGAAGAAAAUCACCAAGAUUGCUGCCCUUGCUACUGCCACCGCCAGUGACUCUGAGGCAGUUGAUGAACGUCUUGGGCGCCUGAGCCCUCGUCUUAGUCUCUCCGGGACAGAGGAGGAUUCUCCCGCCGUCUCCUCCUCCAGUACUCCUAAGAGAAAAUUCAGCAAGUUUCAGCUGACUUUCAAGAAAUCUCCCAAGUCAGAAGGUGAUGAGGAUUCAGCCAAUGAGACGUCAGAUAGCAAAGGGGAUGUCAGCCCUAAGCCGCGUAUGUCCUUUAAAACUACUGGUCAGGCUACGCUUAUGCUUCUGGGAGCAAAACGUAAGGUGGAGGGUGGUCUUUUCGGCAGGAAAAGGACCAACAAAAAGAUCAGUCUUAGUGAUGAUUUGUCCAGACUAAACUUCCGGCGCACCUCAGCCAUGGACGUGACCCAAGUACCCUCUGCGAGCAAGGGCGAGUCACACUUAGUGCGGGAGAAGAAACUCGUCAACACGUACAUCGUGAAAUCAGGAAUGCUGCGAUUUUCAUUCUUGCUGGAUUGUUGCCAGCCAGGGUCCAUUCCAGACCCACAGUUGAUAGCUGCAGUCCUGGAUUUGGAAGCCCCAGUGGUAGCCAGGGCCUGUCUACUGCUAGAAUGUUCCUACUUCGUUCAGAGGUGUAACAAAGGGGACUGGCCAACCUGGAUGAAACUGAAUCUCCAGGGCUUUCGAAAUCCCGCGCCCCUGCAAGGCCGAGGGCAGCCAUCUUUACACAGACGGAACACCCUGAUGCAGCGUGGGGCUGGAAGGAUGUUUCACGCCUGGGGGGUGGCAUUAGGCAACCGACUGGAAGCACUGAUAAGUGCUGAGAAUGUGGACGUGUACACCCUGAUCAAAGAAAUCAAAGAUGAAAAAGUGAAACAAGAGCUGAGGAACAACGACCAGGAGGAGGAUUUUCUAGAUGAAACUGUAGUGAACCCCACUGGCAUGGACUGUCCUUACGCACUCAAGAUGCUGGCCUGUCAGGUUCUGGUCGAAAUAACCACCUUCUUACGCGAGACCUACCAGUUCCUGCCACGCUCACGUCAGCACCAUCGCGACACAGAGUGGGACAAAAGCAUAGGGCGGCGCUGGAGUGGCAGUCAUCACAUGGGAAGCCCCAAUCACUCCCAGAAGAGCGUGUCGUCUGUUCAACUGGCGGAGAGUCCACAUGGUGGGAGUGACUACCUCAGUACAAGUCCAUCUGAUCGCAAGAUCAGUUUUGCAGUUUAUGCUCACGACAAGUCUGACUCAGAUCGCAGCAGUGCUUCUAACCUGUCAAUAUCAAUGGGACCCGAUGAUGAGAAGAGAGGCCGUAGAGCCUCCCAGGGUAAGAAAUUGCUGCGAAAGCCUAAGAAAGGGAUCGGAGCCCAGAGUUCUAUCAAGAGAUUCGAACACAACAGGAGUAUCAAACUGAAGCCACAUGAGGAUGGGAGUGUCAAGAGGCGUGGGAGCUCACGCAGAAGAAAAGUGAGCACUACAGAAUCUACCAAGUCCACAGAGGAAGAUGAAUGCACUGAUAUCAAUGUUGAGGAGUUAGAAGAUGAUGUUCUGGAAGAGGCAGAGCAGCAAAACUACAGCCUUGAUAUGCCUUGGUUAAAAGUUGUUAUCAGGCUGGCCAACCAGUCGAACUACAUCUGCGAGCACCAGGGAUUCUGCCAUAUGUACUGCUUUGAGCGCCAACGGCGUAGCUGCAUACGCCUCAUGAAUGCUGUACAACGUGUCUAUGAGAGUGAUGAGUCGGACAAGCCAACGGAGGUCAAGGAAAAUGAAAAGGUGGAGGUCACUUUGCCCACUGCACGUCCAACCAAGGACAUGUUUAAAGAUAGAUUGGCUCGACGUAGGAAUGACGUCCAACCUCCAUUAUUCGAUCCACAGGAAUCUUCCAUGAUGCCUACUGCAAGCGCUGCCUCGACUUUGCGCCGUCGCGACAGUACACCAUUGCUGGAAAGAAUCAAGGUUGAUCUGGCCAAGAUGAAAACUGAGUCAGUAGAAGAGAAAGAAAGAAAAGAAAAGAAACCAAAGCAAGAUUCACCCAUGCUGAAGUAUAUAAAGACACAAGUCCGUAACCUGACUCAGUGUCCCCUGGCCAUCAUGAACAAGUCAGUCCCCAUCCUAACACAGGAACACCUCAUAGAGAUGCUGCCUGUUGCCUGGGAACUGCUGCUGGAGAGUGACCAGGAGGUGGCAGCAGCUGCAGCCACAUUGGUCCUUGUUGCCUCUGUCAAAGUGAAACAUGAGGUAGAAGCUCUAAUGAUGAGAGAACUGCAGCAUGAAGAUACCACACAAAGAAUUAAUGCCAUUCUAAGGUUCCAUGCUCUCUGGAGGUUCCGGUACCAAGGAUGGUGCCGGCUGGAAGAAGGUGCUCAUGUCAGCUUCAAGGUACCCCCUCCCAGUAUAGACUUCACAGUGCCCUCUCCAACCAUUGGACUGCCCAGUGCCAUCAUCAUUGACCCUCCCUGGACACCACAUUUUAAGGCCAAAGUGGAGGAAGUGACCAUUAACCAAGAUCAAACGAAAUCCUUUGUUACUGCAACAUCAACUAGGCGCAAACAGCAACAAGAGAUGAUUUAUAAAGCUCUUUUAGCUGAGGAGGACAGAAAAAAGGCAGCUCGCGAAAAGUUUCCUAUGACAACAGUUGCUAUCCAACAACAAGCAGCUUAUGAACCAGCGCUGCAUCAUGGGAAUGAGGAACAUGAGGAAGCAAUGAUGCAAGAAGAAAUCAACAUGGCUGCAAGGCGUAUGUCUGUAGCACCCAUGGCCAUGACCCGCAAUCUUCAAGUGCGUACGGCCGUGCCGUCGUACGCACGUGGCAGCAGUGCAUUAUGGACCAAAAGUCCUUUAACCUCUGCAGUUGUCACAACAGGAGAAGAAGAACGCGUGGAAGUGCUGCACUCUCAUCAAGUCCAGAUGGCGCAACCUGUCUUCCCGUCUGUUAUCUGCACGGCAUCAGUGCCCAUUAUACAUCUACUGGAAGAUGUGGAGGUCAGCACAGAGGGAAUAUCAGUGUGUGAGGUGGCAGAGAAGGUGAUUUGGUUAUGUCUGGUGGAGGACCCUGCCCUGUUCCUCAGACAUUUCCUGGAGAAGAUGACCAACAAGGACAAGCAGGAAGAGCUGAUCUUUGUGCUGAGAAAGCUGCUGCUCAUGCUGCCCAGCUUACCCUCCCAGACGGGCCAUAUCCUCUUCAAUUACCUAGUUGGGUAUAUCAUGUUCAAUGUGAGAGCUCCAAGUGAAGGAACAGUGGAGUCCACAUCCCGAGUGUUGUCUAUAUUGUGGAUGGUGAUCCCCUACGUUGAUGGUAUCUUUUUCAAAGAUUUGAAGCAAACUUUAAAGAAGGAACAGUGUGAGCCUCAGUUGAUGGUAACAGCCAAUGUCCCCAGUGCCAAAAAGAUCUUAAUCCAUGGCCCAGACCUGACCAGUAUUCCUUCACAGCUACCUGUACACGAGGACACCCAGUUUUGUACUUUGUUGCAAGACAGUUUGGACUUCUUUAACAUCCCAGAAGAGCAGCAUGCAGAGUACUUCUUGGUGGAUGUGAGAACCAACCAGAUCCACAACGGGAACUCUUACGUUAGAGAUUUCUACUUCUUCAAGAGAAACCAGUACCCACAGCUCUCCAUGGUGCACAUGAACCCUAAUGAUGCAUAUGGGAAGCUACAAAUGCAGAAAACAGAAAUUUAUCCCGAACUAGCGAUGGUCAGAUUAGACACCCAGAAAGCGUUCUCUGCUCUGCAGCAUAAGGCAAUUGCUCUGAAGUUUGCUGAAGUUGGUAAAGUAAUGGCAACCUUCUCAAUUCUGACAUCACAUCAGACACCAGGGCGGAGCCACCAGCUGCAAAACCAUGUAAUGUUUGUUUAUGAAGAACUUCUCAAAUUGCCGUCAUUCCCGCGCAAGGCACUAGAAGCCGAGUUUGGCAUGUAUAAAGGGGAUCAUGGGAAGGAAAUGAGCAGCGUAGACAGCAUGCACAAGUACACCUGGAUCAAGCUGGUCGACAAGCUGUUUGCUUGCAUGACAGGGACAUUUGGAUGGAGUGGAGAGAUUCCUUUCUUUCUGAAUGUCAUCAACGGGGCAUUGUUACUGCAGUGUGAGGACACGGCCCUGUUCCGUUUCUGUAUUGCCACUCUGAUCAAUGCAGCCAGGAAGUUUAAACACAUCUUUGCCACCGAUGGGUUUUUGUACAUCAUGCCGACCAUAAUGAGAGUGUACAGUAACAACCAGAACAACCCUGUCCUGGUGAGGGGGGUGCAGUUUGCCUGUAAACAGUUCUUCAUCCUGCACAGAAAACCUUUCGUUCUGCAGAUGUUUGGCAGUAUAGCCUCUAGCCUGAAUGUUGGACCACUGUUUGCCACACCCACUGGGAACAAGAUCCCAGCUAAACACCUGUUUGAAAUGCUGCUGGCUUUGGAAGGGGACUGUCCUGAUGAAAUGGACAUUUUGGAGUUGGUGGAGGGAGAGAUGCCACUCAAAGCUUUGGACUUUUGUUAUGCUGAUGAACCAGAUAGUCUCACCAUGUUGGAAUGUAUCAACAUGUGUGUUACUGUGGUGGCCUAUGCCUCAGAUUCUGUCAGGGGGGCCCAGAUGCUGACUAUCCUGGACGCCCUGCUUCCCCAGUACCUACAACACAUACGCCCUGCCAAGAAGAACCAUGAAAAAGCCAAGGAAGAACUGAACAUCAUCAUGAACCUUGGGGUGUCCAUGAGGGCACUGAUUACCAGUUGUGAUGCUCUCACAAGAAAUAUGAGUGGUCAGCAGAAGCACCUUGAGGUGGUCAGUUCAGGGGCCAAGCCGGUCAAGGCACACAUGGGUAACCACCUGUUUGCUGACCGGGACUCUGUAGACCUUAAUACCAGACAAAUGGAGGAGGGCACACGAACUACCCCUCAGCAGCGUGAAGAUGAGGACCUGGAGAUCAGUGAGUACCGCCAGCCACGUGACUCUCUCCUGUGUGUGGCUGCUGAGUACUACACCACCUGUGUCCCCAGGGUGAAGGAGUUGCGGAAACAGCUGUCUGAUAGCAACAGAAAUGUGGAGCUGUUUGAUAUCAAAGCUCAUACGAGACUGGCAGAGAUUGCCCACACCCUACUGAAGCUAGCACCAUAUGAUCCCUGUACCAUGGGCUGCCGUGGAUUACAGAGAUACAUGGUCCAAGUGCUUCCUCUGACAGACUGGUCCCACGAGAAGAUACGCCCUGCCCUCCAUCUUCUGCUGAAAAGACUGGACAGGAUGUUCAAUAAAGUGACCAGGAAGUUCACGCUCAAACAGAACUUUGACUGGUUUGCAGCAGCCAACUUGUUGAGAGGGUUGUACCUGACUCUGUCCAACUAUCCCUCCCUGGCCUUUAUACCUUAUAUGAAACCUGUUAUCAAUGUGUGUCUUGGCAUCCUGCUGUCAGAAGACAAACCUGAAGGUACACAGAGCACCCAGCACAAUUCUUUUGCUGCCCAGGUCCCCCAGCUGUUCUGUUCUUCUGUGGUGAAACUGGUGGCCAUGCAGAUGGCAGCACUUGGGGACCAGUACACAUUAGAGCAGGUGUGUGGGGGCUCUGUGUACACCAGUAUGGAGAAGACACAGAAUGUGCUCAUGAACUUCAUUGUUCCACUCUGUAUAAGAGUGGGGGCAGGCAGAAAAGACUGUCCCAAAGUGCGCCAGGAAGACAUCUCCUAUGCUUUGACCAUCAUUCUGAAUACUCUGGUUCCACCUGUGAAAGUUCCCGUACAGCCCGUGGGAGGUUUUAACAAGCCUCACUACAUGUCAGCUAGCGACGUUCACAACUCCAGUGUGUCCUACAGUGAGGCCAGGUCACCCCAAUCUGCCAUUAAAGAGAAUGUCUUUGAUACUGCUUUCCUUGGUCUGAAGGUAUUGAUAGUUUGCUUCCCCAAGGAACUGAGCUUAGAGUGGCAGAGAAUUGCCAAUUGUAUCAAGGAGAUUGGACACAAAAUGAUAGGUGGAGCAGCCUUGUGGAGGUUUAUGGACUUUGUUGUGACAAUUAGAUCUCCCCUAUUUGUCCUACUACAGUCCUUCAUCAAGUACAAGCUGACCAAGCUCCCAUGUGAAACGGAGAUAGAGUUUCAGCUACAGCAGCUGGUGGCCAGCAAAGUGAAGAGUUUCAGCCUGGCGCCUCCCAAAUCCACAGGCACCAUUUUGAUAGAGCUUGCUAAUGAGCUACGCCAGAUCAAAGAGGAGCUGAUCCACUAUGAUCAUCAUCAUCAUCACCAUCAUUAUAGGAGAGAAGAUAGUAGGAAGAGUGCAGCUAGCUAUUUCAAUGAUAGACGUCGAUCCACAUUGAAGUUUGCAAUAGUGCAUGAGAAUCAGAGUGGGUUACGCAUCGAGGCAGUUGCGCCGUUUCAAGUGCCUGGAGUGAAACGCCUCAGCAAAAAAGGCCCUGCAUCACGGAGCAGCUCCACCAAAACUCGCCACAGCAUCAAUGAUGACUCUCCUCACUGGGAACGCACCCCCUCCAGCAAGAGAAUCAAGGUGGCAGAGGCCAAUAGGAUUCUGGACAAGUUCAGGAAGGAUGGCAGCGAAGAGUCAGAGGCCAGUACUGCUGCCGCCUCCCCCACCCGUGUCCUGCAGAGACAACCUAGCGUGUUCCACACCGCAUAUAUCGCCAAGCAGUACAGCGUUUGUGAUGAACUGGACGACAUUUUAUUUGAGACGCUAGAAGACCUGGAGCCACAGGCUUUAGAAGCUGUGGAGAACAGUCUAACUGUUGCCAAUGGGAAAAAGCUGGAAAGUUCUCCAUAUAGUAAACCACCUGGUUGGCACCGGCGAUCCGUCCACACUCUUGGCGGACCAACCAGGGUCUCUCAGCGCCGUGAACGGAUCAGCCAGGAAAGCGUAUAUACGAUAGCCCGGGAAACUGUGGAGGAAGGCGAAGAGAGCGAGGAGGAGGCUGUUUGUGAGAGGACGGCUUUGCUCCACUCAGAAGGACGCAGUGCUGGCGGUGAUGAUCGUGAAGAUGACGAUGAUGAUGAAGGUGAAAAUAAGUCGUUGAUCAACAGCGAAGAUGUCAGCACCACUCAGUCACAAACGCCUUCGCCCUUCUUUAGACAACGUCACAAUCGUGUUUAUCAUCGAGGGAAGUUAGUUAGACAUAAAGCUUCAUAUGAUGAGGAUGUUGCCCAAACAUUAACACGUAGGAAAAAACUGACGAGGCAGUCAGCGACUGUCCAGGAAAGUUUAUCAGAUAAUGAGGAGGAGCAAGGUCAACAGAAUAUAGGUCAAGGUCAAAAUGAGGUCACAGAAUGUGAAGGUCACACUGAGGAGGAGAAAAGCAGUGAUGAAGCUGCUAGUUCUUUCGAUGAAGAAACCAACGGGGAGCCUUCGGCAUUCAUAGAAACUGCAAGUGAUGUUAGAACCCAUCGCCUUCAGAGGGCAGAUUUCAAGAGUCGUAAAACCUUCAAAGUGAAAAGGAUGGGCACCAAGGCAUUCAGUAGGCGGAGUCAGAACAGAGACAGGGAGAGAGUGGCAGGGGUUGGCCCGGAAACCAUCGCCAUAGCAGCAGAGGAAGUACAACCCACACAGGUCGAGAUGCAAGAACUGAAGGAGAUUGCAACAGAAUGUGUCACGGAACAGGUAGUACCCCAGACCAUCAUACAGGAAGACAGUGUCGCAGAACCCGUGGCCCAGUUCAGUCUGUUACGGAAGAGAGGCAGUCAUGGCGGAUCCGGGAUCAUAUCAUCUCCAGUCCUUGAGGAUAUUCCAGAGGGACUGCAACAGAGAUGCUCCUCUCUGGAAGAGACGGACAAGAUCGGGGUGACACCCAGAGCUGGACAAAGCCCCUUGAGAAUGGCCGUGAGCAAGUCCCAUACUGAAUUACAUGGAGAAUUGACCCUGGCUCAGUCUCCUCCAAAAGGCCGCUACAAGCGCUCUCGUUCAACAGAGAACAUCUUGGAUGCCUCACGCAGUGGCGCCCCCAGUGGUGCGCGCUCUAGGAUCGCAAGACAGUUGGGAAAGCUGGGGUUGCAGUCAUCGCAAAGUAUUAGCCGUUCUCCAUCUAUAAGUCCACGUCAGUCGCCAGCAAGGGAAAGCGAUCCCCUGCAGAGAUACAGCUCUGCGGAGUCAAUUCAAUCCAUUACCAGCAAUGAAGGGGCAUCCCUGCUGAAAAAGGAAAGCAAAAUUGCAAGGUCUGCAAAUCAUGGGAAGGGAAUGGACUCAACAAGAAUUUAAGGAAUCCUACAGUUGAGUUAAAGAAUUUAUGAUAUGUACACAGACAGAAAAACAAAAUUUCGAGGGACCCCAAUUGAAUAUUGGGAUUUGACAUCCUCUAAAAAAGAAGUGUGGUGCCUGUACUCUGAUUGCUUUUAGUUAAACAUCAGUUUGGGAUUACAAAAUGGACAAUACGUGUUACAUGAUACUUUCAAUAAUAAUGAUAUUCUUACUUAGAGCUUAAAAUGCAGGCCUGUAGCCAGGGGGUUUGGGAAGUUCAAAAGAACUGCCACUUUUGCUGAUAAAAGGUUCCCUCUGGGUAAAAUCUGAUCUUGGUACAUUAAGUUUUUAUGGUUAAAGGUCUACUUUGUCAGAAAAAAAAAACUCCCCCCCCCCUUUGGAAUUGCUGGCUACGGGCCUGUGAUGCAUACAAUGUUCCAUUUAUAAGCAUAACAAUCUCAACAAUGGUGAGAUCAGUACGUACAUGUAAAAUUUUUUCUGUGGGGAAAUUUGAUAUUAUUUAUGGUGGAAGAAAGUAGAAAAUGAACAAAGCAGGCAGUGGGUUAAAAAUUAUGUUGAAAUAAACUUAUGGGAGA